GAUAAAUAAAAAAAUAAAUAAAAAUAAAGAAUGGAUGCUGAGUUUUAUCACUUGUCUUUUAAGCAUUUAUGAAAAUUAGUAUGUAAAUUUUCUCUUUUGUACUUUAAAGAUAUAGUGAAAUAAUUCUGACAAAAAAAAAUUCUGCCUGGUGUAUUUUGACAACUUUCUGUAUUAUUUCUACAUUGAUUUAUCUUUUUAGAUUUUUCACCUGAACUCCAUUUAUAUUUUUCUUAAAAAGUAAUCAUUUCAUCCGUGAUAUGUAUUUCAUUUUCAGAGCUUAACAGUAUAAUCUCUUGAUUUUUAAAAUUACCUCUACAAGUUUGGUUGAGUUCAGGCUUUUGUCUUAUUUUGCAUAUUUGUGUUUUAUACUUUUUUCAAGAUUAGAUAGGUAAUGGUUGCCUAACUGUAAGGUAUACAGUUUUUUUUCUUUGUGUGGUCUUUUAUCUGUAUACCAAAGAUUCUGAUACAUUAUAAUUUCUAGGCUACUGGUUUUCAGUUUUUCUCCUUUUUUUCAAUUGCAUAUCAAAUAUUUUUUCUAUUUUCCUUUUCUGCUCUUUUGGAAUUUCUUUGAGUAAUUACCCUUUAAGAUUUAAAGUGAAUAUUUUGUAAAAUUUAAUCUCAGUAACUCUACCAGACUACCAAACAAUCCAUAAGCUUCCUAACUCUUUGAUUGCUUUUGUAUCUUGCAUGCAUUUCUGUCAAAUAUUUUAGUUCUGCCUUUUAAUUUUAUCUUUAAGUUAGACAUUAUCACUAUUGCUUCAUACAGUCAAUGUUUAUAUAGGUUUACUCAUAUGUUUACCAGUUUCUUUGUUCAUCAGUUUUUCUUUGUCUUAGACCUUCCUUCUGGUAUCAUUUUCCUACCUCCCUAAGUACCUACCUUUCUACUUUGUAUAGUGAAGAUCUGUAGUGGUAAGCCCAUUUAGUUUUUGUCUAUUAAAAUAAAGUCUUUAUUCUAGUGUCAUUCUAGUAGGGUAACUAAUCUGGUUAAAUAAUAAUUUUCUUCCAUUAGUAUGAAAAUAUCUCAUUGUUUUCUGCAUUUGUAUUGAGAAGUCACCUGUCAGUCACAUUGUCAUUCUUUCUAAGCAACAUUUAUAUGUCAGUGAUUCUUCUAUAAUAGGAAAUAUUUGUAUUUUUUAAAUAGAGGCUAUUUUUGUAACUGUAAUUAUACACACACACACACACACACACACACGUCUUCUGCUUUAGAAGAUGAGUCAGGAAACACUUUCUGUAACAAGUGAGAGAGUGAAUAUUCUAGGCUUUGCCUCACAUAAGUUCCCUUGAGGCUGCUUGACUCUAGUGUAGCACAAAAGCAGUCAUAGGUGAUAUGUGAACAAAUGUGGCUGUAUUUCAGUAAACUUUACCUCCAGAACAGGUGGUGUGUUUGAUUUAGCCAAUGGUACAUAUUUGUUGACCCUUGCCUUAGACGGUGAAGUCUUAGUAAUAUAUAAUUAACGUAUUUCUUCUUCUUUUCAGCAUCCUUUCAUCUACUUCUGAAUACUAGUGAUCUUAUCUUUCUUAGGAUUUAUCUUUAUGUUCAUAACUCUAGGAAUAGGCAGAUGGAUGUAUUUAUCUGCUUUAAUUACAUAUUUUGAUCCAGCUAUAAAAAUAUAAAGAAGCAAAUUUUUUUCUUUUCUUUUCCUUCCCUUCUCAGUUUUGUUAUUUAUACCAUUUCUUCCUUAUGAAGGUUUAUAGAAUUUAUAUUCUGUUCUGUCAGCCUAAUCUUUGUCGAUCAGGAGACUUGUUGAAGGUCACACAGCCAGUAAGUGGCAAAGCUGGGAUGCAAACUUAUAUAGCCUGUGUCGUUAACAACUACAUCAUGUUGCCAUGUUUUUCUGAAGCUUAUAUAAUCUUGAUACUAAACCUAACCAAGAUUAUAUUGUGGGGAGUAUGAGAAGCUGAAUCAUUUAUAAAUGUGCAUAGGAAAACGUCAAAUAAUACUGUAAAUUAAAUUAUAUUUUUUAGUGUCGUCCAGUGUUACCAGGGUUAAUUACAUUUUAGGAACUGAAUUUGACUAAAUAUACCAUUCCAGUAAGACCAAUUAAAGAAAAAUCUUUGUUCAUCACAGUAAAAGACCAAGAGAUUCAUUAAUACAUCCAUUUCCAAAUAAAGCACUUAAAAAUCUAGAAGUAGAAGGAUGAUUUCUCAACAUGAAAAUGGGAUCUUAGACUAAUAGCCAAUAUUGCAUUUAAUGGAGAAAUAUUGAAAGUUAGAAACAUAACAAGGAUGGCUGUCAUUAUACUGUUAUUACAUUUUCCCUUAACAUUGUUCUUAAAGUUGAAGCCAGUGUAGUUGGAAAUAAGAGAAAUAUAAUAGGUAUUGCUACUUGUGAAGAAGUAAAAUUAACAUUGGUUCUACCUCUGCUUCAUUUAUAAUGUAAUUUCCCAUUCAUUUUAUUUAGUUCUAUUUGUAUUGUGAUUAUAGUAAGGAUGUUUUUGGUUUGUUUGUUUUUCUCCUCAUCUUUAUAUUAGGUAUCCAAAUUCCCUGACACCUUUCUCCAGGAGCACCCACAAGUGUCCAGCACCUGUUGUAUGACAGGUUAUCUUUCCAAUUUUAUUUGUCAUUUUGAGGCCAGAGAAAAACAGCCCUACGAAUAUGCCCAUAAGAAUUCAUCUGGUACUUUAGGGUCACAGAAAGAAGGAAAUUGGUUUGUUUCAAGUGUCAUUGAUACUCUACAACUCAGAUUGGCAAACCACCAGCCACAGGCCUACAUCUGUUUUACCUGCAAGAGCUCCUUAAAGGAGAAACUUAGAUAUACUUAAGUAUGAUACACUUUCCAGAGUGCCUAAGGGGAAGCCUGUCUGAGCAGAGUGAAGAAGGAGAAAAGCCUGUUGGCGUGUGAUGAAUGGUGGAGUGCACUGGUGUCCACAGUUUGCCGAAUGUGGAGAGUCAUCAGGCUUUUUUUCAGUCAGCCAAGAUCCUACCAUUUGAGGUUGCCAGGAUACCUCCAGGCAACAAAGGCUGGGGUUCCUGUUCCAGGCAGCCAGCCUCACAUAUUGCAGGAACUCCCAGAAGAGGGGAUGUGAAUCCUAGAGCUCCCAGCUAUUCUGCUCCUGUUGCCACCAGCUUCCCUGCUGAGGGGUUCAGCAGGCUAUGACAAAAACCAAAAUAGAAAGAUAAAGAACAAACAUUAUAAGAUCUUGGAGGCAUCUGAGGUUUCAUGGGGACUUUCCAGCAUUCCAGACUGCUGCCCUGCAAUGAAGCUCUGAGUCACGGUCUUUGGGUCUAAGGUACUGGCUACAAUGUGGAACCCCAGCACAGCCAACCUGACUAACCUUCUCUCUAAGCAGAAGCCCAAAAUGCGUCUGGCCUGAAAUCAGAGCAAGCACUACAGAAAGACUUCUUUGUUAAUGGAAAGAGGAAAGGAGAAAAGGGUUUCCAACAAAUUGCAGCAGUGUUUCCAUCAUUCUAAAGAGCCCACCUUCCUUAUAAACCAAGCUGUUCUAUCUAGUGACUCCCAUUCUAGCCUUUUGCCAGAAACAGAGCACGCCAAUCCUGGUGAAAAAAUAAAGACAAACCAUCAGAAAAACAGACCUGGAACUGUGAUACUCUCAAAACGGUCCAUCAGGAGGAUUAUGUCAGAAAGCCAGCCCAGCCCCCCUGUGAUCCCAUCCCGCAGGCCUGGGUUCCGGGUGUGCUAUAUCUGUGGCCGAGAAUUUGGGUCCCAAUCACUUGGCAUUCACGAGCCUCAGUGCUUAGAGAAGUGGCGUAUUGAAAACAGCAAGUUGCCCAAGCACCUGAGGAGGCCAGAACCUUCCAAACCACCGCCUCUCAGGGGCAGUGGGUCCUACAAUCUCCAGGCAGCAAACGAGGCAGCCUUCCAGAGUUCCCAAGCUCAGCUGCUACCCUGUGAAUACUGUGGCCGCACGUUCUUGCCAGACCGGCUCCUUGUUCAUCAGAGAAGCUGCAAGCCAAAGGGUGAGGGGCCCGGGGUAACAAACCCCAGUAGUUCUGAUGAUCUUGCUGGUCUCAAGAAAGCUUCUGGUGGCAUCCCAAGCCGACCAAGGACCUUUAUCUGCUAUAUUUGUGGUAGGGAAUUUGGCACCCUGUCUCUUCCCAUACAUGAGCCCAAAUGCCUGGAAAAGUGGAAAAUUGAAAACAACCGGCUCCCCAGGGAGCUCCGCCGACCACUUCCACAGAAGCCUCAGCCCCCUCCAGCUGGGCAGUCCAACCAAGAAGGGCCAAGUCAAGCUCAGCUCGUGUCUUGCCCAAAUUGUAGCCGGACCUUUGCCCCUGACCGCCUUCUGGUGCACCAGAGAAGUUGUAGAGCUCAACCUAGUGGCCCAAAAGUUCAGGAUUUGACCUCAGAGAGUAAAGGUGGUCUAAAAGGGUCCCCUAAAUCCAAACAGCAAAGGAACAUGGCAGCACCCUCUGUGAUUGAUAAGCCAACCAUGAUAAGGCGUCCACCAACAGUUGUUUGCUACAUUUGUGGUCGUGAAUAUGGAACAAAAUCAAUUGCGAUCCAUGAACCACAAUGUCUGAAAAAAUGGCAUAACGAAAACAACUUAUUGCCUAAAGAGUUAAGGAGACCAGAACCAAAAAAACCGGAAGUCAGGACCAUAACUGCCAAGGGUUUCUAUGAUCUCGAUGCCUUAAAUGAAGCCGCUUGGACAAGUGCCCAGAGCCAGUUGGUUCCCUGUUAUAUUUGCGGGCGUACCUUCCUGCCAGACAGACUGAUUGUUCACCAACGAUCCUGUAAACCAAAAGUCGCCAAGUAAAGCCUUUUCUCCCUACGAAAGAGUUACAGGAAUUACAUCCUUUUUGAAAAAGCUGGGCUAUGGUAGGGAAGCAAAAAAAAGGAGGGAAGGAGAGGAAACAAGCAAAACUGGAAUUAACCAAAGGCCGUGGAGCAUGGGUGCUUUGGUGGCCUGGCAUGACCACUAUGUCACUGCUUUUAACGAGCAGCUUUGUGCGUGUGUCUAGACACACCACGGGCCUCGCCUGUCACACGGUUGUCGGGGAGAAUCACACGUGGUCGUGCCUCAUCAGAGCUGGCAUUUUUAAUCUCCAGGAAAUUUCAGAGCUGAUUGCUGCCAUUUUUCUUCUGGUCUGUUUUCCCAAACAAGAUCUUGAGCCUCACAA